CUUCGGUCGCAGCUAUGCAGAGCCAGAUCGUGUGCCACCGCUGCCGGCGCGUCCUGGCCUACCCGGCGGGGGCGCCCAGCGUCUGCUGCGCCCUGUGCCGCGCCAUCACCGCCGUCCCGCCCCCAGCGCCAGCAGUGGAAAUGGCUCAGCUUAUAUGUGGUGGCUGCCGAACUUUGCUGAUGUACACCCGUAAUGCAGACACUGUGAGAUGCUCAUGUUGCAGUACAGUCAAUCUUGUCAGACCAGUCAACAAUAUAGCCCACGUGAACUGUGGUCGGUGCCGGACAACUUUGAUGUAUCCACAUGGAGCACCUUCUGUCAAAUGUGCCAUCUGCGAGUAUAUCACAAAUACUGGGAUAAAUACCAUGUCACCAACACCAUGUCCAAGGCCUACAUCAAAUGAAUCUGCAUAUAAUGCCCCAUCCACUUCUGCUCCCACAUCUCAUCCCCAGAAUGUAACCGUUGUUGUUGAGAACCCUAUGACAGUUGACGAAAAGGGUAAACUGGUUAGCAACGUCGUGGUUGGAAUUACACCUGGGAAAAAUUGAAGUGUUGUUUGUCACCUGGCGUAUACUUAUUUUGUGUUCUUUAUAAGAACAUCUUUUGGUGAUUGGUUACUAGGCUGACCUUGAAGAACAAAGACACAGCAAGUGUUUUUGGAAUUUACCAAGGCAUGAAUGUCAGAAGGUUGAAAUUCUGAAUCUGUUGAUUCUUUUGUAUGUAAUAUGAGCUGUUUUAGACUUCUCUGUGGGAAUGAUAAAAUGGUUUAAUGUAGUUAUACAUGUUUUGAAUUGUGAUA